AUGGAACAGAUAGAUCAAGAGAUUACAUUACAACUACAAAGGAUUGAUUCAAAUCUGAAUCAUUGUUUUGCCAAGAUUAGCCGUGAGAUAAUACCGUGCGUUGAAAAAUAUGGAUCAGUUUGUGACGAGUUAGUAGAUAGUGUUUCGCAUUUAGCUGGAUUGUUUCGGGGUACUGGAGAUGUUGCGUUACAGGGUCAGGAAAAUGUAAUAAGCGAAUCCCAGCCGGCUGAAAAGACCGAAGACGUCGAAGAUGGUAUCAAUGCUGAUGUGGAUACGUUAGAGACUAAUUCUACAAAUGAUUCUACUAGGCAGAGAAGGAAACGUAAGGUUUCGUUACUGUUGCAGCAAGAAUACGGAUCAUCUUCUCCGCGGGAGGAAGAGGAGGACUAUGUUGCAGAAGAAGGUACGUUACCCUCGGUAGCUGUGCUGAAAUUUAAUACUGGUAAUAACAAUAUUAAUCCUUAUGAUGACAAUGGUGGCGAUGAGGCAUAG